AUGCUCUCAUUACAAGGCUCGUUCACCAACAACUACGAUCGCCGACACCCCACGUCUGCCUCGGCAGCGUACGAACAGCAGACUAUACCGAGCCCAAGCCGCAAGCGGAAAGCCGAUGCGCAGGAGAAUGAGAGGUUAUCGAAACGGCUAGGUCGUUUGAAUAUCGGCCAGAAUAUUCGCAGACUCUACGCCACGGUAGAGGACGACACAUCUACCAAUCAAGCGCAGACAUUCCCACCACCAGCCAAUGCCACCACCAGCACCUUCGGCGCCGGCACCGGAGUCAGCAGCGACCAAUUUUCGAGCGCAAGCCUAGACGACGACCUCAUGCAAAUGGACGACACCAAGCACAAAGUCUACAUCUACAACCUCGACGACGAGCUCUCCUCCUCCGAAAGCGAAGCCGAGGACGGAAAACUCAUCUUCCUCCCCGAUAUCGAAAAGGCCCUCAAGGCUAACCGCAUCCCGCCCAUGCUCCGCGCGAACCCCGAGGGCCAAUUGGCCGGGCACAACAUUGACGAUAUGCAGCUCGUGCUUUAUAACGUGCCAUCUUCGUUGACGGUAGCGCCGGAGCAUGAUAGCGUGCGGAAGGCGAUUAUCGAGGCGAGAAGGCGCAUGCGCGAGAAGCAGAGGCGCGAGUCGGAGGAUGGGGAGUCUAGUGUGGCUAGCAGCCCGGCCGUGACGCCGCCUGUCUUGUCUGAGGACGAAGAUGCCAUGGACCUCUCCUGA